AUGUAUCGAUCUACAAUCAUAUUCCCCUCCAUGUGGGUUUUGGUAACCCUAUGUCUACUCCCAGCCGUACUGGGCUCUCCAUUAUUCCAAAAGCGAGCAAAGGGGCCAUGGCUGGGUCUGAACAGCGAUUUUCCCGAUCCUAGCUUCAUGAAAGCCGCAGAUAACAAAUGGUACGCUUUUGGCACCAACGGCAACGGCAAGCGGAUCCAAGUCGCAAGAUCAGACGAUUUUAUUACAUGGACGCUACUUGAUGUUGAAGCCCUCCCCACCCUUUCAACAUGGGAGACAGCCAUCGAUCACUGGGCUCCAGAUGUCAUUCUGCGAAACGACGGAAAGUAUGUCAUGUACUACUCUGGAGAAGCUAAAUCAAUGGUCAGGCAUCACUGCGUUGGAACUGCCGUAUCAGACUACCCUGCAGGUCCAUACGUGCCAAGCAACUCGCCUCUCUCUUGUCGUCUUGACCAGGGUGGAUCAAUCGAUCCAGCAGGGUUCUUGGAUAAGGAUGGCACGCGAUACGUAGUCUUCAAAGUUGAUGGCAAUAGCAUCGGAAACGGGGGUGACUGCAACAAUGGCGUCGAGCCACUUGUCGCAACACCUAUCUUGCUGCAGAGGCUUGCCGAUGAUGCCGUAACCCCCGUGGGCGAUGCAGUGCAAAUUCUCGAUCGCAGUACUGCUGAUAAUGAUGGCCCGCUUGUUGAGGCGCCCAAUCUUAUCUUGCACGGGGAUACCUACUUCCUCUUCUACUCUACGCACUGCUUCACGGAUCCUAAGUACGAUGUUCGCUGGGCAACUGCUUCCAGUAUCACUGGUCCUUACACUAAGACCAACGUUCCCCUGAUUAACUCCGCGAACACUGGUUUGAUUUCGCCUGGCGGUGCAACAGUCUGUGGUUGUGGCGAUCGUAUGCUGUUCCACGGUUUCUGCUCUGAUGCGAAGACCAGUCGCUGCAUGUAUGCCGCAGAUGUGACUAUCACUGGGCAAACACCAUUCAUUGCUUGA